AUGCAGGUGUUGGAAAAAGAGAGCGACCGUGUGUUAAAGAAACAACGUCAAUGCGUUGCUUAUAUUGAUCAGCAACUCGACGAAUUACUUUCGCAGAUCGGGAGCGCCAAAAAGCAGCUUGAGGAUCGACAAAAAGAACUCAGUCGCAAGAAAAAUGGUCACUUUGCGAGUAGCUCAAUGGGCGAAGGCAACCUGGUGACUAGCAGUAGCAAUGCAACGCAAACUUUAUGCCAUUUCGUCAAUGUCGGUUAUGAAAAGCCUUUAGAAAACUCAAGGAUGCCGUGUGGAAGUGCAAGCGCACAAAACGAUGUGGCAGUAGAGACACAGGAUGACGAGACCGAACACAUUGUUAGAGACUUUAUAAGACGGGCAAAAUAUUUAAAUGCCGACCAAAAUGUGACAAAUGAGCUCAAGGCCAUUCAUGUAUUGCUGUCAAAGUUCUCUAAGCAGAUAGAUAAGAGCCUCUCUACCGACAUCAGCAAGGUGUGUCGCAGUAACGAAGUGAAGCAAAAACUUGUGUGCCAAUUAGUUGCAGAGUAUCUGUAUCAGGACGGGCAGAUCGAAGCAGCAGACGCCAUGUGCAAGGAGGCAAACCUCGAGCUACCUCCAACAUUCCGAAACUGCUUCGUCGAAUUGCAUCAAAUUUUAAAAGCUUUAAGAAUACAUGAUAUGCAACCUGCUCUAGACUGGGCACGAAAACACCGCAAAGAUUUAGAACAACUAAAUAUUGACGUUGAGUUUGAGCUGAUUCGGCUCAAGUAUGUGGAUAUUCUUGAGUCUUCAGCAGACAUGAUGGAUGCAGUUAAUCUCGCUAACAAGGAGCUUCCCUACUUUCAUCACACCCAUACUGAAGAGGUUGGUGUAUUGAUGAGUUGUGUGCUGUUUAAAGGAAAAUUAGAGGAGUCUCCCUACAAAACCCUUUUUAAAACUAAUCGAUGGGAAAAAAUUCAAGAUACUGUUAUGCAUGCUUGGUGCUGCCUUCGUCGAGUUCCGUUCCGGUCUUAUUUAGGGAUAUGCUUAUCGACAGGUGUCUCUGCGCUACCCGCUAUGCAAAAGCUUGUGUCGCUUACGGAUAGUAAGCUUAUUGAUUGGGAUAGAAUGGAAGAACUUCCUGUGGAAAUCCCUAUCCCGCAAGAAUUUCGCUUUCAUAACGUAUUCUCGUGCCCCGUUUCAAAAGAAGAAAGUACGCCAAACAAUCCACCUAUUUUGCUGAAAUGUGGUCACGUUAUCUGUCAUUCCUGUGUCAAGCGAUUCUCCUACAACAUGACCCGGAGAUUCAAGUGCCCCACCUGCCCUAUUGAACAAACAGAAGAAGAAACGCUCAAGCUUUUUUUCUAA